UCUUGUUUUAUUAUUGGUGGUGUGAAGUAUCUGCAGGUGAUGUUGUAUGCAAACAUGGCUGUGGGUAAGAGACCGAAUUACCGAAGGUGUGAACUGAGCAGUGGUUGGUAUGGUGAGACGUGGUAAGCUGACAGACAUCCUGAAGCGCAUGUGGCGGUCCGGCGGAUCUGUCUUUUAGAGUAACAUGUGUGCACUGUGCAUCCCUACAAACCUACACGUCUGUGAGGCUAUGGCAGUUAUGCAGUAUGUGUGGACAGCUGUGUAUGCACACCUGUCCACCUGUGGCGGAUCUAUGUGUGGCGGUUCUUGGGUGUAGCUGAAGUAUCUGGCGUCAACUAGCGGCCUUGUUUUACCUGCCUACAUAUAUGUGACGUCUGUUAACAUGUGUGGCAAUUAUUGAUGAAUUGAGCGAAUGAUGCUGCAACAAACGGAUCAUGGCGCCAUUUGAGUGACGAGUGGAAAGGGCUUCACGACACGAUAAGAAGUGACAAACGGACGAGGUUGUCUUCACAUUCUGCUUGUUGGUGGGAUUGGCCAUGAGUGCUCCCACUAACACUAUGCCGGGAGACACUGCCAAAGCCGCCGAAGACUUAACGACAGACGCGGACAGCGAUGACAUUUUUAAUGUGGUCGGAAGGGUAAUUCCUCUCAUCCGUGACACCAUCAAACUGUUCGGAGAUGGAGCUGGCACACAAUUCCGUGGUGUGAAUACUGCUACCGAUUUGAGCUUCCGUGACAGUCCCAGCAGCUCCCGCGACGACACUCCUCCAGGCGCUGUGGGCAACGUCAAUGGCUUCGACAGUCCUUUCGUGCCCAACUACGUCAUCCCUGGCUACACCAUUCCCGGCAACAGCUUCACCCCGGACAUCCACAUCCCCGAGAUUCACAUCAGUUAAUUUCUCACAUCCACGUUGGUCAACAGGAAUAAAUGUCUUACACUUAUUUGUUCUCUUUCUGUAAAUAUUCAAGUAAACGAAUUCAGUCUUA